UGAGAGUGCUCAUGUCUCACUGGUGCUCGCUUCGCAGUCGCCCAAAAGCCUGAAGUAGUGGACUCUGGGAAAAGAGAGCGGAUGGAGGAGAAAGAGAAGACAACAGAGGAGGUUCCCCCCCAACCCGAGGCAGAGGGCCCUGGAGAGAGUGAGAGCCCCUCUGAGGGAGAGGAAGAGAAGGAGGAAGUGGUGAAGAAAGACAAGGAGAUUGAGACAGAAGCCCCUCCAAUGCCUGAAGUGGAGGGGACGGGUGGCACACAGGAGACCGGGAAACCUUCUGAGAAAGAGGGAGAGAAAGAGGAGGGGCGGGAGGAGGACACAGGAAAAAAGACUGAAGGUAUCUUCUGUGGAUGAGCUGUACAUGUAUAGAGCUAGUGUGUAGUACUAGUGAGUGUGUGAGUUUGUAUAGACCAGUUCAUAGAUGAGUAUUGUUCAAAAGCAAACACGUUGGAGUACUGUAAAUACUUUUCCAGAAAUUACCAGUCAAUGUGUAGAGCUGUUGAUCAGUCGAAGCCUGUCGAAGUUGGAGCUUGAAACUGGGAGCAUUCAGACAGCACUAAUCAACCUGUAGAGAAAUAGAUCUCAGCUCUCUCACUCUUCCUCUGUGGUGAUCCAGAGGAAGUUCUCGAAACACCUGAGUGGGGAAGCUUGGGUCAGGAGACCUUAGAGCCCCCUGGGAGAGAGGAGGAGAAGAAGAAGUGGGAGGAGGAAGAGAGUGAAGAGGA